AUGAAGGCCAACGGACUUCCAGCUCGCGAUUAUCGCAGAACGCUACACUACAUCAAGGCUUUCACUCCACGGAGAGCCGACACUGUGCGCAGUGUCGACGAAGACCUCAAGCUCGCCGUGAACGAGUACCGCUGCCAGGCAUCGCACGCCAACGCCUGGACUUUGGUAUUUACCCAUGGGACUUCGUUCAACAAGGAUCUCUGGCACGCAAUCAUCCACGGCAUCUUGACCAGCGACGCGCUGCAGGGCCACAUCGAGCGGGUGCUGGCAAUCGAUGCCGCAAAUCACGGCGAUAGCGCCGUUGCCAACGAACGUUUCCUCGGGCCGGCGACCCAUUGGCCAGACCACUCACGCGACAUCCUAGCAGUAUUGCAACACUUCAAGGCCGACCGGAAUGUGAUAGGGAUCGGCCAUUCAUUCGGCGGAGGCACCAUGUGUCACGCCGCAUCGAUGGCACCUUUCUGCUUCAAAGAAACCAUCUUGAUCGAGCCAAUCCUUUUCCAGAUGGACUCUGGGGUUUUGGUCCUCGCGCAAGCCACGCUAAAGAAACGCGACGAAUGGCCUUCUCUCGAGCAUGUCAGUGCAGCUUUUUCCAAAAGUGCAGGGCUUGCGAACUGGGAUCCCCGACAGCGCGAUCUUUACGCCGAGACUGGGACGUACGACAAGGUCGUCGACGGUGGCACGGUCCGGACUUUGAAGACAACGAAAUAUCAGGAAGCAGCAACGUAUCGUGCCAAACCAUUUCCAGCCAUUCUGGACCUCUUGCGGGAUUCUCCUAGCAAGCUCGAGUUCAUCUUCGGGGGUAGCAGCAAGGUUCUAUCAUCUUCACAACGUGCGCAGAUCAAGGGUCUCGUUGGGGCGAACGGGACCAUCAGCAUCAUCGGAGAUGCUGGCCAUUUGAUUCCAAUGACUCAUCCCCAGAUCUUGACGGACAUGUUGGUCCAAAUGCUGACACGCACAAUCUGCUGCGAUGAUUGCAGGCUGGGGAUGACGAAGCUAUGA